AUGUUCAAAACAGUCGUACAAGGUGUUCUAUACAUUACGAUGACUUUUGCAAUGGCGAUUGAUACGCGGGGAGCAAACAUUGGACCUAAAACGUGUUUUGUGUGUGUCCAGGAAGUGACGUUUUCAAACUGUCUACAACGUACAACAACGUGUCAACAGAAUGAGGUGUGUUUUACGUCCGAAUAUAUUGAUGGAGACGGGCAUGUUCACUAUAACAGUGGAUGCCUUUCUGAACAGAUCUGUAGGACGGUGACCGGCCAAGAAAUACAGACCACGCAUGCGCAAAUGGGAAUCGGACACAUACUUGGGAGAAAAAGAGACACACCGUCUAACUGUUUCACGUGUUGCUCGACUCAAACAGGAGCCAGCAGACCCUGUAAUGAUCAGAAAUGUUUAGUAGGCUUAGAAAUCCCAGUAACAAUUCGAUCUACCCCAACUAUGACCACGACAACAACGACCACGCCCACUACAACAACGACCACGCCCACUAUAACAACGACUACGCCCACUGCCAGUACUGCAACAACAACAACAAUAACAACAAUGCAUAAAACAACAACCAGAACAAAGACUACCACUACAACUUCGGGUGAGCAUUCUGGACCUAAAUGUUACAUGUGUGAUGACGUCAUUGUGCCAGAGAAUUGUAGGACCAUUGGGUAUUGCAAGAUAGACGAGCUGUGUUUUACAGAAAAACUGACCAACCACGCAACAGGAGAAGUUCGGUAUAAACUAGGAUGUCAGAGGAAAGCGGUGUGUGCUAGUCUGGCCAUGUACCCCAUGCUACCUAACUCAGGGAGUUGUAACCGAUGUUGUGAUCAAAACUACUGUAACAGUUUGCUGUGUGGAAAAUCAAUGUUAGGUGAGCAUUCUGGACCUAAAUGUUACAUGUGUGAUGACGUCAUUGAGCCAGAGAAUUGUAGGACCAUUGGGUAUUGCGAGAUGGACGAGCUGUGUUUUACAGAAAAACUGACUAACCACGCAACAGGAGAAGUUCGGUAUAAACUAGGAUGUCAGAGGAAAGCGGUGUGUGCUAGUCUGGCCUUGUACCCCAUGCUACCUAACUCAGGGAGUUGUAACCGAUGUUGUGAUCAAAACUACUGUAACAGUUUGCUGUGUGGAAAAUCAUUGUUAGAUUUAACAACAACAACAACAUCGAUAACAACAACAACAACAGUAGCAAAUUCUAACUGUACGGAUGGAAUACAUUGCCAGAAGUAUGCCGACUUUUUCUGCCGCCCUACCAAUCCGUCAGGAUUGGACGUAUGUCCAAUAACCUGCCGAAAUCCCAGAUGCGUCGCAUCAAUGCCUUCAACAAAAUCAGUCUUGUCAUUUACUAUAACAAGGACAACGCCCACAACAGCAAAGACCACGCCCAUAACAACAACAACAACAACGACCACGCCCACUACAACAACGACCAAUCCAACAACAACAACGACCACGCCCACUACAACAACGACCACGCCCACUACACUUUCCACUGCAGACCCGUGUCCUAAUGGAUGCUGUGACACUGACCCAAAAUGUCGUGAUUUUAACUUUAUUGCUACGGCAUGCCUACAUCAAGGGACAGCGUUGCAAUGUCCAUAUAUCUGCGGUCUCUGUUCCCAGAGAACAACCCCGCCUCCAUGUAAACCGGACACUGAUCCCAGAUGUCAUGAAUUUAAUUAUGCAAUGUCUGCUUGCUUAGAUAACGAAAAAGCGAAAACUUGUCCUAAGACGUGUGGUCUUUGUUGAUAGAUUAAGAAUAAACGUAACAAAACUAGUUGUUAAUACAUUGAAUGUCUUGAUGACUAAGAGUACUUAAAAUCAAAAGUCAAAAAAAAACAACACCAAAUAAUAAUAAGCUUAAAGGUUAAAGACUGUCUUUAAGCUACCUUUAAGGAGAACUUAUAAGUCCUUAAUGUCAGAACUUCCUUAGGCCACAUUUAAGCCACCUUUAAGCCAUUGGAAAAAAAUCGUUAUUCAAUAUUUUGCUUUAUUUACCAACAAAAGAUAUUUACUC